AUGCCCAUGCUGCCAUUUCUUGCGGUCAUGACCGCACCUGGAAGGAGGAGGAGAUUACAACAUGUCAUCCUUGCUGUUGCCAUUUCUCUUGGAGCACUAUUUGUGCUAGUCGUCGUGCUUGCUUGUGUUCGCCGACAGAAGAGAGGGAUCAAGCAGGUGAACAAGGAAGAACAAGACAAUGCAGGGGAGGGCAUGAACUAUAUUAGUUUGCAAGUGUUGGGAGCUGCAACAUCCAAUUUUUCUGUAAACAAUAAAUUGGGGGAGGGAGGAUACGGAGAGGUUUUUAAGGGCGAAUUGCAGGACGGAAAUGAAAUAGCUGUCAAAAGGCUGUCAGCAAACUCUACUCAAGGGUUCAAUGAGCUGAAAAAUGAGAUAGUGUUAGCUAACAAACUGAAGCACAAGAAUUUGGUGCAGCUUCUCGGUGUUUGCUUGCAAGAGAAACUGCUGGUGUACAAAUAUAUGCCUAAUGGAAGCCUAGACACGAUCCUUUUCGCAGAUCCUGAGAAGGCAAACCAACUGGACUGGACCAAAAGAAAAGGUAUCAUCUCCGGGAUUGCUCGAGGUCUACUGUAUCUCCACGAGGACUCUCGUCUUAAAGUCAUACACCGUGACCUGAAGCCAAGCAAUGUCUUGCUGGAUGAUGUGGAUAUGAAUCCCAAGAUCUCCGACUUUGGUCUGUCUAGGGCUUUUGGUGGAGAUCAGUCGAUCGACAUAACAAAACGGCCUGUCGGCACGCUUGGAUACAUGUCUCCGGAGUAUGCCUACUGCGGCCAAGUCUCUACCAAGUCAGACAUGUACAGCUUCGGUGUCAUCGUUCUAGAGAUUGUGACUGGCCGGAGGAACAAUAGGUCACUCGAGGAUAAUAACACGGCCGCCAGAUCUCUGCUCAGCUACGUAUGGGAUAAGUGGAGCGCAGGGACGACGCACGAGGUGGUGGAUCCUUCCCUGCGCGGACGUUACCUCGAGGGUGAGGUGGUCAGCUGCGUGCGGAUCGGGCUGUUGUGCGUCCAGGAGGACCCGAGUGCCAGGCCGGACGCGGCGGAGGUGGUCCUCAUGCUCGACAGCCACUCCACGUCCAUCACCAUGCGGACUCCCUCCAGGCCGGCCUUCUGCUUCACAGAGCCUGGCGUCGUCAACCCGGCGCUCGGUUACCAUGGCACCCGGGAUGCUAAUGCUAUGGCCACCGGCCACCUGCCAACGCCCGGUUCAGAUAAUGAAGUGACCAUCUCCGAUCUCCAGCCUAGGUAG